CCGCCGGGCAUUCUUCGCGACUGUGGCCCCGGCUUCGGCGACUAAGACAGGACAGCGGCGUCUCCGACUCCGGCAGCAUGGCUGAGAAGCGGCACACUGGGGACACCGAAGCCCGGAGGCUCCCCGACACCUUCAGGGAUAGCCCUCAUACGGGCCUUGGACCUUGCGGCUGGAUUUUGGUGGCUGUCUCAUUCUUGUUCACAGUUAUAACUUUCCCAAUAUCAGUAUGGAUGUGCAUAAAGAUCAUAAAAGAAUAUGAAAGAGCCAUCAUCUUUAGAUUGGGUCGCAUUUUACAAGGAGGAGCCAAAGGGCCAGGUUUGUUUUUUAUUCUGCCAUGCACUGACAGCUUCAUCAAAGUGGACAUGAGAACUAUUUCAUUUGACAUUCCUCCUCAGGAGAUCCUCACUAAGGACUCCGUGACCAUUAGUGUGGAUGGCGUGGUCUACUACCGCGUGCAGAACGCAACUCUGGCUGUGGCGAAUAUCACCAACGCCGACUCCGCGACCCGUCUUCUGGCACAGACGACUCUGAGGAACGUCCUGGGCACCAAGAACCUCUCUCAGAUCCUGUCCGACAGAGAAGAAAUCGCACACAACAUGCAGUGCACCCUGGAUGACGCCACGGAUGACUGGGGGAUAAAGGUGGAGCGCGUGGAGAUUAAGGACGUGAAGCUGCCGGUGCAGCUCCAGAGGGCGAUGGCUGCAGAGGCCGAAGCAUCUCGAGAGGCCCGAGCCAAGGUCAUUGCAGCCGAGGGAGAAAUGAACGCAUCCAGGGCUCUGAAAGAGGCCUCCAUGGUCAUCACGGAGUCUCCCGCGGCCCUUCAGCUGCGGUACCUGCAGACACUGACCACCAUCGCUGCUGAGAAAAACUCCACGAUCGUCUUCCCCCUGCCCAUAGACAUGUUGCAAGGCAUCAUGGGGGCAAAACAGUGAGCCACAGCGGCGACACAGAGGUGCACCCUUCCCUUUCAGGAUAGAGUGGGGACCAAAUCAGCCUUUAACUCAUAAGGAGAGAGUAGGGCAGGACCUUGACCAUUCUUCCUCCCUUUCCUUUCCCGUAUGUUGACUGUGAGGUGCUUAGAAUGUGUAGUGAACCUAGCAACAGACACAGAUGAAGAUUGUUAGCUUGUAAAUACUGAGAAAGAGAAGGGAUGUGGGGAGGGGGUUGGCAAUUGGUGAUCUAUAAGAUCAUUUCUUACUCUCUUAAACUAUUUCAAGUUCAUACAUUGAGAUCAUUAUGUAAUAGGUUAGAUCCCUCUUCUGCCUUUCACUGGGUCAUCCUGCACCUUCUGCCUGCAGCCAGGCCAAAAGCAAGAAAAUGGGUUAUAACCACCACCUGAAACCCUGGCUGGACAAAUGCUUUACAGAAAGCAGUGACCUUAGGCCCCGACCAGCUUCUCUGGGCCGUAUGUGCCUUACCUCCGGGGAACCUUAAGGAAGUUUUCUUACCAUCCGUCUACUUUCUAAGCCCAGACUAUGUUUCAAAAUAAUCCUCACUGGAGAGCUGGGUUUUUGUGCCCGUACCUGUCAGCACUGGGGGAAAUGGUCAAGGUCAAUGAAGGAGAUUAUCUUAACCCUUGAAAGACUUUUAAAUCUACUAUCACAGAGAUCCUUUAAGAUUUAUGUGUUUCUUCUCUCUCAUUCUUUUAAACUUCUUUGAGCCUCUUUAUGACUCCGUGAUUCCUCUGUGGUCUUCCAAACCAGCUAAAUACUUGUCACAGAAGUGCUUUUUCCUCACUUUUGCCUAUUUUCAUAUAUCAGGUUCUAUAUAGUUCUGAUUUUUUAAAUAAAAUUUCUCUAAAUUCUAUAGACAGUUCUUUGUAUAGCCAUUUGAAUAGCUUAAGGACCAAGCCUUUUUAAAGAAAAUAUCCAAAGCAGUUCUCUUUUAUUGUCUGCAUGCUGUUAACGAUUGUACCCUGUGAGAUAGCUUGGUUGCCAAGUCCGCUCAUUAAAAAUUGUAAGGAAUUCACAACCUAUUGGGCACAUAAGAGCCAAUGUGCUUGGGAGGACGCUGUCGGACUUAGGAUAUAUAUAUAGAUGUAGGGGUUUGUGGUUGUUUUUGCUGAGUCAUCCUUUUCUAUCCUGGAUGUCAGUGCCCAGAGAGGAAGUGGGCGCCCUCUCUGACCCACACUUGCUGUUUCACAAUGGUAGGAAGCACCUUUUGCAAAUGCCUGUGGAUCUGAACAACCUGGCAUUCUUCCUGGCUGGCGACGCUUCAACCACUUCCUCCUCGUGGCUCUGAGCUCACCUACAGAGCUCUUAGGGAUGGCAGCUCCCUUACCCAGAGCCACCCUUCAUGUCGGUCCUCGGCGACACCCCCCUGUCAAUCCCAGACUGUGAGUGUCCCCUCCCCCUAGUGCCCAUUUCUAAGCUUAUUUUAGAAAACCUUGAGCCACGCAUCCAGGUUCCCAGCUGAGUUUAUUAGAUGUAUAUGGUGCAUUUUGACUUGGAACUCAAGUUACAUUUCUAUUUAUAAUUUUUAACUAAUGAUCUUCUCUCUUUCGUGAGGUGGCUCACCCUCGACCAGUGAGCACCAGGAAACAGCCCCAUGUCCCGGCUGAAAAUCUCUUCUCAGGCUUAGAGUAACCGUGCUUUCUGCCCCGCUGAGUGUCCCUAUUUCCAGAUACCAGUCUUCACCUCUCUGCCUCGUGGAUUCAUAGCCCAAUAGGUUGGGAUUAAAUUGCUUGAGAGGGAGGAAGAUUAACGGGGUCUGGGACGAGCGUUGGUGCAAGAGUGUUUUCCACGUGGCCUCCCUUUCCAAUGCUGUACAGAAUAAAGUGUGUGCACUUUUGCUCAUU